UAAACGUUUUUAAAGUUUUCCUUAGAUGUCUGUUAGAGUAAACAUUCUGUUCUUGCUUUGCCUGACUCUCAGUGAUCUUCUGCCAGUAGCAUGGACCCGAUCGCUGACCGUCUCUCUGAACAUGUCCAUGACCCGAACCCUGGUGCCAGAUCCUCCAAAUGGAACAGAGAACAAGCUUAGUCAGGAUAUGCUAAGGUCUUGCAUGCGAAAGACGGAGAUCUCAAUGUCACAGCUGAAGCUCUUUCACAUGAGCCUGAUGAACAGUGACUACACCAACGAUAACGACGUGGCUCCGACGCCAGUUCAAACGAUGGGCGAUGUGAACAACCUGGGCGAUCUGGACUUUAAUGGCAACUCACAGAUGCCCUUUCUCGAUCUCAAACAUAAUGAGCCGCUUCAGUGCUUCGUUAGCUGCCUGUACGAGACCCUGGAUUUGGAUAGGUACAAUGUCCUGCUGGAAGAGGCCUUCAAGAACCAGGUGCAGACGAUCAUUCAGCACGAGAAGGCCGAGAUUAAGGAGUGCAGCGAUCUUCAGGGCAAAACGCGUUGCGAGGCGGCCUACAAGUUGCAUCUGUGCUACAAUCACCUGAAAACCCUGGAGGCGGAGCAGCGUAUCCGCGAAAUUCUCGAGCGGACAGAGGCGGAGGGCGAGGGAUUUGGACCGGAUGGCAACGACUUUAUCGACGGCAUCCAGCACUCGGGCGAAUCAGUAACCACAACCAAAUCGGAGUAGAUAACUUUAGAUCUUUGCGUUACAUUUCUUAUCGGUGUUUGCUUAAUCGAAAAUUCAGAAAUUAAU